AUGCACUGUACUGGUAAAGCAAGUGUCUUUACGGAAACAAAGGAAAAGGUCAAGAAAUACCGACAAAUUUUGAAGGAAAAGUCCUGGGAAGAUCCCAGCUGGACCACCUUGGAUGGUGCCCUGGAGGAAAUUGUCAAGGCGCUUGUCUCGAAGAAAUUGGCGGUUGACGAAGCGGCGAAAGCGAGCGUUGUGGACGAGCUCAAACAAUUGGUUGGAGACACGGUUGCCAAACGAGAAGAUUGA